AUGCAAAGGAGGAGAAAUGUUGGGAUGAAGAUGGCUGGUUCCAAUGAGACUUGGUGGCAUGGGGUGGCUAUGGGGCAAGGCGAGCGCCCAGUGGUGAGCAAGGCGUGGAGGAGGUUAGCGACGCCUAGGGUGGAGGCUACCGGUGCGGCUAAAGCCCAUGAUGGCUGGCUGCAUGGGUUUGGGAAAACAGUGAGAAAAUGGGGGAUGAAGGAGGUGGUAGUGCGGGUUGGUCCGGCCGCAACUCUGGUGAAUGGGGGCUGGACGACUGAAGGCGUGGUGGGUCAUGGUGGAGGCUUGGCCGGUGACUGGGAUUCUGGUGAUGUGUAG